AUGAGGGAGCCGAAAUUGAUUCUAAUGUUGGCCCAGUCAUUAAUUGGUACUGGCUUCUUUUUCCUCUAUGUUCAUCAUGUCAGGAAUAUAUUUGAGAAUCGCACCAAUAUGGCCCAUUUAACACAAUUGGAACGUGAAUCGUUGUUCCGGCGUGAAGAUGCCCUAUAUCAUAGUUUUUAUAAGACCCUGACAGAGGCACCUGACUUUUGGUCUGGUUGUUGGGAGCUGAUGAAUGUAACAUCUAUUGAAUAUCCAAACAGUAUCAAUGUUCUAAGCAGAUUUCAUGUCUUGCCUGAGAUAACAAUAGGAUUUCUUUAUCAUUUAUUACGCUCCCACAGCCGACUGGGCAUUUUAUCUUUAUUGAGUUGCUGGCGUUCUGAUGAUAUACGUCUGACACUUGAACACGGCCGCUGUGAAGGGCAGGCUUUACAAUUCUAUUUUGAAUGUGUAUGGCUUUUGGGAGGCCUUACCGUCUUAAUAAUCUACAUGUAUGGCCUGCUAUUGAGUCGUAAUCUAUUCGGUGGCAUUUAUGCUGUCGUCUCAUACAUUAUGUUUCAUAGUUUUGCGGCGAAAAUCUAUGAAAGGCCAAUGGCUCGUGAAAAUUUUGCAUUUCCAGCGAUUUAUGUACAGAUGUUCUAUUUGUGUAUAUGCAUAAAUCGGGUAACGGAGAGGAGGAAAUAUCGGAUGUCAGUGUUGACGUCACUGAAGCUGGUGUAUUUAACCACUGUUGCCCUUUUAUGCUGGCAGUAUUCUGCGAUUAUUUUUGCAAGUCAAAUUCUUAUAUUAAUGCUACCAUGGUCAAUAAGUGGUGUACCCAAUCGUGUUGUGGGCCUCUUCACCAUGGAUUAUGUGAUAUCCCAAUUGUCAUCAAAUUUCCUAGCCUAUUAUUAUUCAUUUGGUAACCGUAGAUAUCUUUUUGGUUGGCAACUGGGACCUUUGGUGGGUCUGUCGUUGAUAACUGCCAUGCGGCUACUGAAAAAACCUACCGCUUCAACGGCAAAUCAGGAAAAAGAACACGAGUUGAGUGUUAUAACAGAAAACACUGCCGAGUUUCUUUUCAAAACAAUACCACUGGGCAUAUUGAUAUCAAUAUGUUCGCAGGGUACCAUAAUUGAUAUACUCGAAAUGUCCGGUGCGGCCAAGCCUUCAGAGAAUACAUUUGCCCUGUAUCGUGAUCUCUUCAUACAUUGGGUGCUACAGGCCAAGGUCAACUUUGUUACCAGCCUUUCGGCCUGCAACCCGGAAUAUGAACGUAUGCAAUGGUCGGAGUUAUGGGGUUUUAUAAAGAAUCUCAUUGUCAAACCCUAUUGCCUUUAUGGUGUGGUCAUUAUGGCAAGAUUCUUUCGAAAAUGGCGAAAAUCAACAGAGGUCAAAGAACCCAAUACGGAUGUAAUUGAAAGAGCUAAGAAAUAUAUCCUGGAAGAUUUUCUGGAAGAAAAUCAUGUUAGUAUGCAGGAUAUGUCAAAGAAAGAAACCGAAGCUAUGCUAAAUGAUUGUUUGGAUCUGCUGGCCAAAUGUGAUUACGACUAUGAACGUUACAAGAAAGAAAAGACAAAUUCGAAAAAAGACAAACCCAAUGAACACAUGGACUUUUUGAAUGAUAUUAAAAAAUUGAAAGAACAAAUACACGAACAACGUGAACAUAAAGUCGAAGCUGAAGAGAAAUUGAAAAAUGACAGUGAAGAAAAAGAAAAAGAAGGAGAAACUGAAACGGAAACAGCUAAAAGACAAAAGGAAUCCUCAGAAAAUGACAAUAUGGAUAAUGGAAACAAUAUCACCUCGCCAAAUACUACAAAUAACCAAGACACAAAGAAUUCCCAAAAACAAAAUGAAGCAGAAACAGAAACAACUGAAAAACCGUCCGUAAAUGGUAAAAACCAAACAUCUUCCAAUGCACCAGUAAACGAUUCAACUACUAAAUCAAAAUCCACAAAACGUCAACAUCAUCAUAGCAAACAUGAUCUUUCCAAUGCUGAUGAUGAUUAUGACGGUGCUGACGAUGAUGAAAAUACCUGUAAUUAUCGCAGUUUCCACUAUCUCUACAGUUUCCUACAGAUGACCGUUUUCACAGUUAUGGGUUUAAGUAUAAAGAAAUUAUUUUUCCUAUGUUUUACACAAGGUUGUGUACUUGGUUCAACAAUAUGUUCCUCUUUUAUGUCAAAUAAAAAUCGUCGUAUUUUCUGGACUGCAUAUUUGUUGGUCUUCUUGACGAGUAUUGUUAAUCCGGGUAUUAAGAAUAUCCAAGAGGAAUAUUUUCCUUCAUCAAAUGUUAAAUUGAUAAACGAUGAUUUGGAUACAAUGUUGGAAUGGAUUAAAAUGAACACAGAAAAAGAUGCAGUAUUUGCAGGACCCAUUGAAAUAAUUGGUACUGUGCAUUUAUCAACAAGAAGACCCAUUGUCAAUCAUGCUCAUCUAGAAAUGAAACAAAUAAGUGAUCGUACUGAACAUGUAUAUAGUAUUUUUAGUCGACAACAGUCAUCUGAUAUUUAUAAUCAAUGUUCACAAUUAAAAAUACAGUAUUUGAUUAUAACAGUUAAAGAUUGUGAAAAUCACAUUAGUGAUGAAUGUGAUCUAUUAUCAAUAUGGGAUGAUAUGCAACCAGCCUAUCGUAAAUAUCCACAAUUUUGUUCGGAAUUAGCUGUUAAGAAUAUACCGAGCUUUUUAAAAGUAUUCACCAACGAUUAUUAUGCCAUUAUCAAAAUGUUUUCGCAAAGUGUACAAAUCAAUUUGAAAUAUAAUAAAAUGCCGGAGAAACAAAUGUAAGAUCGUAGAAUAUAAAGAAAACUAAUAACAA